AUGGCUUUACCUAGCGCGCCUCCUGUUCCGGAGACGGCAGCUCCACCGAGUUCGCCUGUUCUGGGCCCCGCGGAUUCUGGAAUUAAUCCCCAGACCGCGGUGGCAGCUACAUCGAUUCCGGUGUCAGAAGCUUCGUCCUCAGCUUAUAACGAGGCGAUUGGGGUGCUCGACCCAAUCGUCCCGUAUGAGACAGCAGCAAGAUCAGAGAGGAACCUGGCUCCUACCAAGGAGAUGAACCAAUUGUCUGCAGAAAGGCCACUCAGUGCUCAUUUCAUGAUCUCAUCCUGCUCGGAUAGAGCCUAUGUCCCAACACCAUUUAACACCCCUCGCACCGCGUCCGGAAGAGAAUCUCACCCUCAUCUUGCACAAGAUUCCUCCCCUAGAGGAGAAGAAAAACCAACCAUCAGAAGAGUAGCACCUCGUCUCCUUAGUGGUAAUCUAGGCGAAAAGGAGAAGGUCUACCUUCGUGGAGGAGGCCCAAAGAAGAGGCGUGGUGGUGCUGCUGGUAAUGCUCGCAAGAAGCCAAAGCCUGACAAGUACGCGGAUGUUGACCACUUGUUGUCGGACUUCAAGUCACCCAUCUUCCAAGAAGAUGCAAAUAUUAAAGCAGUUCUUACGCAUCCACUGACAAAGCAUAUGAUGGCUGAGCAAGGUGAACCAUACCCUUUCGAUGAGAUGACUGGAGAUGAGAUUGCAACCACUGCCGCAGACUUCAAGUCAGAUGGUAGUUACGGAAGAUUUGACCCAGACUGGAUAGAACAAGCUAUUAAAGCAUCUCAAAUCCGCGCAUCCGGUGGAUAUGAUGCCUAUCUAGACAGCCAAUUCGCAGAAAAUUGGGCUGAGGACGAAGAGCAAAUCUCCGAUGAAGAAACGAAAGACCUCAAUGAUGAUGGUGACCAUAGCGGCAACGGCGAGACAAAGCCUGAGAAAGAAGAUGAAAAGAAUUAG